AUGGCGCUUACGGCGGCAGUUUCCACCGUUGACGGGAAGAGCUUUGAAAUCCCCUGCACGGAGGAAGACACCGUGAAGCACAUCCGAGAAGUAUUGGAGACGAAGCACAUCGAGGUCCCACCCGCCUGCUACUUGAAGCUGUUCCAUGGACCACAGGUUGUUCACGACGCUGUCCCCAUAAAGGACCUUGACCUGACCCAGACCAUCUUUGCCGUACUCGGCCGGGAGACCAACGUGGAGAUUCUUCUGCAAGCCGCAGGCUCCUAUCAGGGCUACAAGGACCUUGUGAAAGCCGCAAGUAGUGAAGGUGGAGAUGUGAAGGCCAUCAAGAUGCCAUCCAUCCUUUCUGUGCUGGAGGACAUGGGUGGGCAGAAGCCGGAGGUGAAGCACAUGAAGCAAGGCGAACAUGGCCUGGAAAUGAAUUCAGCAGAUGGAUGGCUCCUGUUGCCGAGUCUGAAUCUCGGAGUCCUACAAAAAGAGGGUAAAGGAUUCUCUGAAGUGGUCUUCUCGGUGCAGCUCAACUCUGACGCUUACAACCAAGGUCUGGGGAUUGUUCUGGAGCAGCCUUCGUCCAUGCAAAGUGACGUGGAUGAAAAGGGCCUGCCACGGUUCAUAUACAAUGGAUUUGGCUUGUCGAAGGACAAGAACUCCAAUGCGAUCAAGUUCCAUCCUGGAAUGGGGGGAGGACAACUGAGGGUUGAAGGCGUCGGUGGAUUUGGAAACACUGAUAUAGGUGUCUCGUCUGCACGCGUUGUUUGGCAAAUGUUGAGCUGCAGUCUGCCGCGGUACGGCUAG